UGAAACAGAGAGACACGUAGAAGCAGGCAGUCGACUCCUCUGUUAACUUCAACAGACCUUGUGACAAUGGCUACAGAUAUGGGAGGAUGGAGUGAGACAGUGGACGCCACUGAGGAAACUCAGAAGAUUUGUGAUCAGGUGAAGGUCCAAGUGGAGAAACAGACAGGCAAGUACUAUAGGGAAUUCAAAGCAGUUAAAUACAGGAAUCUGCAUCUGAUGGGAGGAACCCACUGCCUCAUCAAGGUUCAUGUUGGAGAGGACUAUGAUCAUCUGAUGGUCGUCCAAGGAGCUGGGACGCAGUUCCCAACUCCUCCAUCACUGCGUGGUGUAGAGCAGCACAAAACCAAAGACGACCCCUUCGAACCUUUCACCAACUGAUCACACAACCUGUUUCAACAGUUAAACACUUACAGGCUGCAGACUCAUGUUAAAAUGCUCUGCCUCUUUAUUCUGAAAUGAUGUGACUUUGAUUUUAAAUGUAUUAACACACAGAGAUAAAUAUAUUUGAUGUUGGGACGCAGCAGGUAAAUGCACCGCCUUCUAAAGAAAUAACAACGAUUAAACAUAAAAAAAUCUCUUUAUAUUUCUUGUGGUUCUUAUGUGCAGCAUUUGCGAUUCUAUCGUUAAGUCUGAUUUCUACAAUAGAUGUCAUCUUGGCUAAACCUUAACACAGACGUAUAGAUUUUUAACAUCCUUAUGUUGUGAGAUCUGAUGACACAAACCAGGAAACAUUUUCUUGCUGUCAGUUACUUGACAGGUGUCCUGGAGGAGGAAAAUGAAUUUC